AUGGCCGAUUUGCAGACGGGGAAUUACGAUUUGAAUCAUGAGCUGCAAGAUCACGACGAGAUCCAAGCCAAAAUUGACGAGGUUGUUGAAGCUGGCGAGCAAUACACAGAUGAAGACUUUGACAUUGCUGACGAAGAUAACGCAGGGGAUAACCACGCUCGCAUAGCUGAGCAGACAGAUGAUUUCUCUUUCAUCGGAGACGGACAUCAAGCUUGCGAUAUCGCUCAAGGAGGCCUUGGCGAUUGCUGGUUUCUUUCUGCUCUCUCCAGUCUGGCACAAGAGCUUCCCGAGGAGGCUUCCCUAAAAGUCAAAGAAAACGCAGUAAAGCGAGUUCUUCAGCCAGAAUUCAACAACUCUGAUGAAGCAAGACAGACUGGAAUCUACAAGUUCAAAUUCUUCCGCCUCGGAGAGUGGAUCGACGUCGUCAUUGACGAUGAUCUUCCAACUCGAAAACGAGCUCGUUCUUCUGACACAGGAGAAUGGUGGGUUCCACUGGUGGAAAAAGCGUACGCCAAAUUUUCAGGCUCUUAUGAAAAGAUUCAAGGUGGAAACACUUGCUGGGCGUUGCAAGAACUCUCUGGAGGAAUUACUGUAGAAAUGAAGAACUUGACAAAGGGCAAUGCAGAGCAAGCAGCUGAAAACGCUGCGAAAAGGGGAAUCUCAUUGUUCAAAGUUUUCUAUCAUAUUCAAAAUCGGGCACUUGUUUGCACUUCGAAUCUGGGAGACGGAGGCAACGACGUUAUUACCAAGGGACUGGUUCAUGGACAUGCUUACAGUUUGCUCCGAAUCGACGAAGUUGCGAAAACGGACGGCGAAUUCGUGAAGCUUGUGAAAAUCCGAAAUCCUUGGGCACAAACCGAAUGGGAAGGAGAAUGGUCCGAUCACUGCCCAAACUGGGAUGACGUCAGUGACGAAGAAAAAGAACGCAUCGGCUUUGAAGCGAGCGAUGAUGGAGGAUUCUACAUGAGCUUUGAAGACUGGAUUAACGAGUUUGAAAUGUUCACCAUUUGCAUGCUCCCACGAUUUGACCCAGAUGACGAAGACGUCGUCUCAGAAGAUGAAGCCAAAGCACGUGAUCGACGUGUAAUUGGAACAUUUGUCCCUGGCGAAAGCUGCCCAGUUGAUGUCAACGAGCUACAGUCGUCAUUCAACGAUCCAGCGAUGCAUGCUCAAGCUCAACUCAAGGUCGAUCCGCUAUUUGGGAAACCAACGCGCUUUGUCUGGAUUCAAUUCCUCCUUGAUUGCAAGCUCAAGGAGAGCAGAUACGUGAUGUUCAACGUUUAUGAAGCAGAUGAAGAUACUCCAGAAGACGAGAAACUCUCCAGACGCGAUAUAAGAGCAUUGAAAAAGAUCGAUCCGGUUCUUCCGAAACAAGAAGGAUACGUAAUCGACUACUACCGCCACAAUGGUUAUCUGUUCUCGUUCGAAGCUUCCAAGCGCUACAUCAUCAUUGGCACGACCGCAACUCCAGAAGCUAGCGAAGAGCCCUGCAAAUUCAUGAUUCGUACUGUCGGACCAGAGAUGGAGCUUACCCAUCUUGAGUGA